CUGCAUCUUUUUUAGGAAGCUACAUGCUUUAUUUCGACACCCAAAGGUCGCAUGGUGUCAGGGACGCGCCUAGUCACGGGAACAGUCCGGAGCGCGUUCAUGAGGUUCAAGAUCGCGCUUUAACAGUGAAGAGUAUCAAACAGCGUGCGGGUAUCCAACCUAAUGGUUUACAUUGGGUCACACAACGACCAGUCAAUGAUUUGCGCCAAGUGUAAUUUUUCUUGUCCGGGGAUUAUCUUGCAAACCUUUUCUAUUUUGCACGGGAAGAAACUGACGUAGCAAACUCAUCUGUAUGAUACGGGAGCAGGAGCACACAGUAUGGUCCGGGAAACCAGACAUUUAUGGGUGGGAAAUUUACCCGAAAAUGUGCGAGAAGAGAAAAUCAUUGAGCACUUCAAGCGAUAUGGACGUGUGGAGAGUGUCAAGGUCUUGCCCAAGCGGGGUUCAGAAGGUGGAGUUGCAGCCUUUGUGGAUUUUGUGGACAUUAAAAGUGCUCAGAAGGCUCAUAAUGCUAUCAACAAGAUGGGGGACAGGGACCUGCGCACUGAUUACAAUGAACCAGGCACAAUUCCUAGUGCCGCAAGGGGGCUGGACGAUAGCCUGACCUUAGGCACUCGUGGCCGGGAUGUAUCAGGGUUCACAAGGGCGGCAGGGGGGACUGUGUAUGGGCCCCCCACGUCGCUCCACAGCAGAGAUGGACGCUAUGAACGCAGACUAGACGGAACGGCUGAAAGUCGGGAUCGGGCGUAUGAUCACAGUGCCUAUGGACAUCACGAGCGCCCUGGUAGCAGUUUUGAACGCCAGCGGCACUAUGAAACAGACUAUUAUCGUGAUGCAAGAGAGAGGACUCUUAGCACAGCUGGGAGCGGGUCUGGUACCUCCACUGGAAGCGGUACAACUGUAUCGUCAGGAGUCAGUGGAACUAUCGUUAGUGCUGUUGCUGGCAACACGGGAGCAGGUGGAUCAGCAGGGGUUACGACGGGAGGAAGCGGAGGAUCUACAUCCAGCGGGGUUGGCUUCUACCGUUCACACAGCAGGAGCCCUUGUCGCUUUGAGACGGCAGAGCCUCGCUAUGAGUCUCGUGCCAGGGAACCCUUUACUUUGGCUAGUGUGGUUCACAGGGACCUUUACAGGGAGGACAGGGGUCGGCGCGGGGAGCGGUCGUACCGCCAUAGUCGUAGCCGGUCACCCCACUCAACACAUUCGCGAAAUGCCUCUCCUCAACGACUGGCGAGUCAGGCUACCCGCCCUCCACGCUCCCACAGUGGGUCAGGCUCCCACAGUCGCUCCUCCAGUUCAGACUCAGUCAGUAGUACCAGCAGCAGUACGAGUGGCAGUGAUUCUAGCAGUAGUUCAAGUGAUGACUCCCCAGCACGUUCAGUGCAGUCUGCUGCUGUUCCUGCACCCUCAGCACUUCCUUUAUCCUCCCUUGAAAAGGAUGAACCACGUAAAAGCUUUGGCAUCAAGGUCCAAAAUCUUCCUGUGCGCUCUACAGAUACGAGCCUGAAGGAUGGUUUGUUCCAUGAAUUUAAGAAACAUGGAAAGGUCACAUCUGUACAAAUCCAUGGCGCUUCAGAGGAGCGCUACGGGCUUGUCUUUUUUCGCCAGCAAGAGGACCAAGAAAAAGCACUUGGAGCAUCAAAGGGAAAGCUUUUUUUCGGCAUGCAAAUCGAAGUCACAGCCUGGAAUGGCCCUGAGACAGAAAGUGAAAACGAAUUUCGGCCCUUGGAUGAGAGGAUAGACGAGUUUCAUCCAAAGGCCACACGGACAUUAUUCAUCGGGAACCUGGAGAAGACUACCACCUACCAUGACCUGCUUAACAUCUUUCAACGCUUUGGAGAAAUAGUGGAUAUUGACAUUAAGAAGGUGAAUGGAGCCCCACAGUAUGCCUUUUUACAAUACUGUGACAUUGCCAGUGUCUGUAAGGCCAUAAAGAAGAUGGAUGGGGAGUACCUUGGGAACAAUAGACUCAAGCUGGGCUUUGGAAAGAGUAUGCCAACGACGUGUGUUUGGUUGGAUGGAUUGGCGUCAAACACAACUGAGCAGUUUCUUACUCGUCAUUUCUGCCGCUAUGGACAUGUUGUCAAGGUUGUAUUUGACAGAAUGAAAGGAAUGGCUCUUAUUCUGUAUAACAACAUUGAAUAUGCACAAGCUGCUGUCAAAGACACAAAGGGGUGGAAGAUAGGGGGCAGCAAAAUUAAGGUGGAUUUUGCCAAUCAGGAAAGCCAGAUGGCUUUCUAUCGUUCAAUGCAGGCAUCUGGCCAGGAUAUUCGAGACUUUUAUGACAUUCUCUCUGAAAGAAGGGAUGAUCGACGAACUCAAUAUGAAUUUCAAGCAGAAAGACAAUAUUAUGAAAAUGUACGAACGCCAGGAACAUAUACUGAAGAUCCACGUCGCAAAUACCCUGCCAGAAAUCGGGAGUUUUACACUGAAUGGGACCCAUAUCAGGGAGAUUACUAUGAUCCACAAUACUUUGAAGACCCCCGGGAAUUUCGAGAAUACAGAGCUGACCCUUAUGAGCAGGACAUUCGCAAAUACAGCUAUUUGCAACGGGAACGUGAAAGAGAAAGGGAGCGCUUUGAAACAGAUCGUGGACGUGAUCAUGGGAGGAGGACCAUUGAGCAUAGCCAAAGCCCAUCUCACAUUGCCUCUCGUCAUCCUGCCAGCCCUACUGCAUCUCCUUCACUCUCCGAGAGGAUACCGAGUGAUUCAGAUCGGCGUAUUUGUUGCCAAUCUUCUGAAAGAAGUGGUAGCUGCAGUUCAAUCUCACCACCCAGAUUUGAAAAACUUGAAAAAGCACGCACUGAAAGAUAUAAUAAAACUGAAAAACUUGAGAAGGAUCGAGUCAUUGAAGUUGAAAGAGGGAAUUUGGUUGAAAAAGAGAAGCGGGCCGGGCGUAAAGAUCGAGGGGAAAAGGAUAAAAGUGAGAAACAGAGGCUUAAAAAGCUAAAAGUGACAUCACCUAUUAUCCAAGCAUGUGAGACAGAACCUGAACUUGAUCGAGAUGUAAGCCCUGAGUCCGUCCUUCGAAGUAAAAACAAUAAAAUUCCAAAGGAAGGCUUGAGCAAAGGAAGGUUAGAUCUUCUGCCUUGCGUUGUGCAAUUGACACGCGUCAAAGAAGGAAAAUUGAUUGGUCAAUCUGUCCAAGAAAAACAAAUACCAAGGGGUGGGAGUGACAGUCCUAGAUUGGUAUCACCUUCAGCUGACCAGAGGAGUCCUCCCUUCCGCCCUGAACCAUCGAAAAGUGAUAUCUCUAAGCAUGGAAAGGUGCCUAGACACAAAAAUAUGCACAGUUGUGUGGAGGUUAUUGACAAGGAUGCUAAAAUAAAAUCCAAAAAACAUGGAAAAUCUGAAAUGGGAUUUGACAGUUGUAUUUCUGUGGAUAUCGAUCGUUUGGCUGCAAGGAAAAGGCGUUUCGAAGACUCUGUUAGACCUGGACUUCAUAAACUAUGGAACAAUGCUAAUGAGACAGAUUUAGAAAAGAACAUUUUGACAAAAGGGAUGCAUAAAAAGGAGCACCACAAGGAUAAAUGUGUCCGGAUGGUUUCAGUUAGCAGUCCUAAAGAUGGACGAGACUGUGAAAGCAACACUGUAGGCUUUUCUCUGGAGCAGCAAUCACAGUCAGGGAAGCUGCCAGAAGAUUCUACAGAUCAGUUGGUCUCUCCCUACCUUAAAAUUGAUUUGGAGGGACCAAAAAGUGAAAACCGCUCCAGUCUCACAAAAAUGUUAGAUGAUGGCAGCCUUGAUUUGGAUGAAUUAAAAGAACAACAGAAAAAAGUUUUGUCUGAAAACGAACAAGGAAAAGGGAAGUGCAUGGACUCCGAUGACGGAGAUGAACACUUUGUGCACAUUGACCAGAAUGUUUGCGCAAGUCCAAGUCCAUGGCUGCGACCUAAGCUUGGUGAUCCUGAUAAGUUAGUCAAGUUUGAAAACCCAACAAGUAAUGAGACCCAUGACUUUGAAAAAGAUUAUAUAAUAGAUGAUGUUCCGAAACCAAUUCAGGAUAUGGCCAAUGAUGACUUCUCUUCCAAUAAACGGAAGAAAUCAGAAAAUUUUGACUUUGAAAUAGUCAGUGCAAAAAGAGAACGCAACUAUCCAAGUUCCCGAAUGUUGAAUGAAGACAUUUAUCAGAGUAUAACCUCCUCAUUAGGACAUGGUCACUUUGCUGCAAAUGAGGAAGAUGAAACUGCCCAGAUUUCUGUGGCUGUUAUAGACGAAGAAAGAAAAUCUUCAACAACAGACGAGAGAUUUUCACACACUGAGUCAUUGAAAAACUGUUUGGGCCUAACAGCCACACAUUUUCAGUCUUCUGACAGUGAGCUCCCAAAGGUUAAGACAACCUUGCUUGGCUGUGAUGAGGAGUUAUUGCAACGUUGGGAAAGACAGAUAAAGUCUGAUUCACUUAGAAUGGAAAUGACUUUCCCCAGUGAUAUUGCAAAAUGUGAAACCACCCGCAAAUGCCUUGGCCAGGAUUUGGAACCUGGAGAAGUGCAGUCUGAUUCAGAUGAUGAUGGAGAAAGCAAGCACAUCUCUCCCAAGUCCAAUAGUUCCUUGUCUUAUAUCCUCAGGGAACGUGACGAGAGGAUGACAGAGCUGAAGCUUUCAGGCUCCUUGGAAAAGAAUAAGUUUUAUUCUUUUGCUUUAGAUAAAACUAUAACUCCUGAUACUAAAGCACUCCUUGAAAGAGCCAAAACACUGUAUUCCUCUAGAGAGGAUAAUUGGUCCUUUCUCCCAUCACGCUUUCCAACCUCCCACAGCUGUACAGAUAAAGACAAAGUGAAGCUAGCACCUCGACCGAUUCCUUCUUGGUAUAAGAAAAAGAUUCGUACUGACUCUGUUGAAAAGAUGCAUGAUAAAAAGGAGGAACUUAAGCCACAGGACCACGAGCGACAAGACUUGUUUGCCUCUCGCUUCUUGCACAGCUCAAUCUUUGAACAGGAUUCACGGCGUUUGCAGCAUCUUGAACGUAAAGACCAAGAUUUAGAAACUGGAGUUGGCAUGCCUUUUGCUAAACCAGGUACUACUGAGACACAGCCUGAGUCUGGAGUAAAUGACAUGCCACUAGAGCCUAUAGUGCUUUUCCAUAGUCGAUUUUUGGAGCUUCAACAACAAAAGGACAAGGACCAUCUUCCACCUGAUACAGAGAAUGAUUCAAUAGUGGUGGAGAUUAAAAGAGAUGAAGUGCAGCAUUGUGAUAAUGUGUUGUCUGAAAAGGAAUCUGAGCCUGUACUGAAGGUUGACAAACCAACCAGCCCCCCAUUAACCUUGUCAGUUUCACCAUUUGUUCAUUCCCCAAAAGAAAUGUCUUCAUCAGAAAAUAAAGAAUGUUUAGCUCCAUCCUCAGAUCAACCUGUGUCGUCUGUCAAAAGGGAAACCGUAGAGCCAUUUCUUGAGGAAUCUCCAUCUCAUUCUUUCUCUAUGGGAGACUUCAAACCAGUUGCUCCUAAGCUUACCAGAAACCCUCCUUUCGUCCUUUUGGGGCCAGAAAAUGAAAUGGAAACAAAAGAGUUAAUUGAACCCGUAGCAAAAAGUGAAGAAAGUUUGUCAGUGGAACAUAAUCCUCUUGUGGAAGAUAAGCCUCCAACUCCUGGUGCUUCCCUAAGUGUUUUUGAGAGAGAGACUGCAGAAUUCACCUACUCUGAAUAUCCAAAGAUUGAAGAAAAAUCUGAAAUUAAGACAGAACUUAAAAUAGAAAAUCCAGAAACAAAACAUUUUGAAGAACCUCAGAAACCUGAGACAGAUUGUGAGGCAUGUAUGCCAGAGCUAGAAGCUGAAAUAAAACCGUCACCAAACCGCAGACAGCCCAAGAGUAAAAGGGCAAAAUCACUUUCAGUACUACGUACUUCCCAACCUUCCCAAAUUGUUGCCACUGAAAAACCUCCAACACGAAAGAGUGAACGGAUUGACAGAGAGAAACUCAAAAGGGCUUCAUCUCCUCGGGCAGAUGUACCAAAAGCAUCAGUUGAGUACAAAGCCACUUCUAAGUCACCAAUUCAUGCAUCAGAUUCUGAGCAAAACCUUGAGUCAAGUUUGAUCCAUGGUAGAACACGACGCAGGAAUGUAAGAUCAGUCUAUGCCACGCUACAUGAAGACGACCAAGCUGGCAAAGAGGUGGUUGAAUCAUCACGCUCCAUGCGCAAACGUAAUGCUGAUAAAGAACCAUUACAGCAAGAUAUUCCAAUUCCAUCCACCAAUACAAGGCGAGGACGCCCACCUAAAAGAGGCAUCAAACGAGGUGAAGAUGUAUCACCAGUUAAGGGGGAUCAGCAGAAAAUAAUCGAAGAAGACACAGAGGUCAAAGACUCUACUACUGUAGAGGCUGUAAAAUCCUCUGAGGGGUGGCGUUCACCCCGCACACAGAAAGUGCAACAAACACAAUUGACUUUAACUGCUCCUGUUAACAAGAAAGGAGGUAGAAUAGACAAACAAUCUGGGAGCACUACAGUACUAGCUGAACAAGCUGAUCUGGCAAGUCAUGAUGAAUCAGAAUUUAAUCCUAAAGGUGAUUCUGAACUGUUUGUGAAGCUAUCAGAAAAUCUGGAAAAUGCAAGCUCACCAGUGCACAGAAUGGAGAAAGAUUUGAAAGAUUCUGGUGGAAAGAAAUCUACUGUUGGGGAUAUUGAAAAGGUAGACACCAGCUCCACUGAGAGGAGACAACUGCCUGAAAAGAGUGUAAAAAUGAAAACCCCAAGGCUGAAAAGAAAUACCAAGCAAGUCACAGAAGAUAAAUCACACAGCUUAAAAAAUCUUGAGAUCCGUGUAAGCCUUGAUGACGUAAAAGUUAUACUUCGUUCAGAGGACGAUGAGCCGGAGUCAUUUGAAGCUUCCACAUUUACAAAAACCAAGACAAUAGUAAAAGAGAAUGCAGAAACAAAGAUUAUAGGCUUUCCAAAAGAAUCAAAAGAACUUGACGCACAGGAACAGGAAGACAGUCUAUCAGAACCUGAACUUCCUGCUGAUCCAGCGGCUCUCUUAGCACGGCAGAUGGAACUAGAGCAGGCAGUUGAAAAUAUUGCCAAACUUACAGUUGAGCAACCUCCUCGGCCGUACAAGGAACCACCUUCUGAGCAGCCUACAAUAUUACCUCCUGUCAUAGUAGAGCAAGAAGCUGAGGUUGAGGAGGAAAAGCGAGCUAAUCCUGCAAGCGAAACUGAACUUGCAGCUGCCAUUGAUUCUAUUACAGCUGAAGAAACAUGUGCAGACGCAGAUGGUUUCACAGCUCCUCCUACUUACACUGCUCUUGUUCCUACCCCUGAAUCUUUGACAUCCCCCUCCAACGAGAUCAUGGAACCUGAAACACACAUGGUAAUUAACAACAUUCUUGCUGCGGACUCAGAUGAUGGUCCUUUGACACCCAGCCCAAAGGGGCAAAUUGCAGAAACUAAGGUAGCUGAGGAUACCUCUCUUCUUGAGACACCAAAGAAAACAGGCAGAGUUAGAGCCAAACCCCUAAAGAAAUCGAGAAGUCGUAAAGGUGCAGCUAACAAGAAAGGGGAUAUUGCUGCAGAGGUUUCACAACCAGAACCCUCCCCAGUCAAGUUACCGGAGUCCAUCCCAGAAGACCCAGAAACCAUAAAUUCACAAGCAGUUACUGCUACAGCUGGUGCAACUGCAGCAGCUUCUGUGGUCACUGCUGUGGCAACUUGUAGGCGUGACCUUACAAGUGCUAUAUCUGUAGACACACCAAAAGAGGCAGAACAGCCUGAAGUUGAACAACCUGUACCAAAAGAAUCUGCCUUUUAUUCAGGACCAAGCAACAUUUUAAGUAGUAAAAAGAAUCCCCAGGCAGAAAAGCCAUCUACCCCUACUCCCGCCCCUGCCCGCCCACAACCUAUAUCCCAAUUUGGCGUUCCCCUGCUGCGGCCCGCCAAAAUGCCACUUUCACCAGACUGGCCUCCUAGUACUGAAGAAAGUAGAAUUUAUGUUGCUCCUUCAUGCCACGUUACAGUGGUAACACCUCCACCCGCAUCAACUGCACUUGGAACCCCUUCAACAAAUACCCCAAUGCCUCCUGACACGAAGGCCUCGGAUAUUGACCCUAGUUCCAGUACCUUAAGAAAAAUCCUGAUGGAACCUAAAUAUGUUUCUGCAUCAAACAGCAAUUCUAUACCUACUACUAUGGUGACAUCUACAUUGUCAGAUCCUUUGCGGAUGUCAGAGAAUGAAAAUCCCUCUGUCACGGUGGGUUCAAGACAGUUACAUCCCGAAGAGAGACCAUCUUUACCCCCCCAGCCCAUACACCACAAACCCUUCCCACUGACAGAGUCUCAACAGAACUGUGGAGAGAAGAUUCAGCAUACAGUUAUUUCUCCUGCUACCUCAGUAAUAAGUCGAAUUCCAAUGCCUUAUGAUACAGAGGAAACUCCCCGAAUUUCCCUAAGCAACCGAAGCAUUGGCCUGUCUGUUCCCAAGCAAAAAUUUAGAGCCAACUCUAAUGAGAAUAAUCGCUACCAUUGCAUGGAUAUAGUAGAAGAUGGGUCCAGAGGGCGCUCUGUUGUUGAGACCACUCCCUACGGUACAGGCUCCAAUCCUGGCCUAAGGGUCAACACAUCAGAGGGCGUUGUUGUUUUGAGUUAUUCAGGUCAGAAAACUGAAGGACCUCACAGGAUGAGAGCCAAAAUUAGUCAAAUUCCCCAAGCCAGUGCUGGUGAUAUAGAGUUUCAGCAAUCAGUGUCCAAAUCUUCGAUAAAGCAAGACCCACUCAUCACAUCAUCCCUGUCGCCUACCCCAAAACUAGCCCCAACCCCUACAGCUUAUGGGCACACAGGGGUUCUCUUGACAAGCCAGUCUUAUAACUCUCAACCUGUCAUUUCCAGUACAAAGCAGGAGAGUCUUGGAUGUGACAAAUCUGAAGCCCCAUAUCACACCACAUCACAGGGUGGCGUUGUAAAGAUGUACCAACAUCCAGUUAGUUCUCCCCAAGUCUUGAUGUACAACCAAGCUGUAAUACAGCAACAGCAGGCCAAGAGAGGACCGGGGUCUGAACCUCUGCCCAAAAAGAUGGACAUUGGCAAAACUGUUCAGCAGUCUAACCUAAGUCCAAUCAUGAGUCCACACCACCAAUCACUACCUGGAACCCGCAUGAGCCCCAGCCCUAGCAUCCCAACUGAUAGGUCAGCUCUACACCUAAAGCAAGAACCUCAGUCCCCACGGACAGCUGUACACUCCCCUUCACACUUUGUCAAAGCGUGUCCUCCAAGCAGUUCUCCUAGAGGAACUUCUGUCGUUCUGGGUCAUGGCAUGACACCAAUGUCUACAUAUCAUUCUAGUAUGCAUCACCCACACUCAGAACAGUCUUCUGUGAUAAUUCAACCUCACAGUGUCACUCAGGCAAUGGCUCACGAAGCCAGGAUGAACACCCCACCAAUGUCUGGGAUAAACUAUGGAAGGAGAGGUGAUUCCCUGUCUUCAUCACACCCGGGACCUCCACAGCGCUCAAACACACCGCAGCCUAAUAUCAUCCGAGAUUUGGUACUUCAGUCUCAUUCUAGUCCCAAUAGGUCAGUAUCGGGUGGUGGUGGCGGCAGCAGUGUAAGUGAAGAAGACCCCAGACACUUUAACCAAGCUCUUAGUAGAUCUUCCGUGCCCCAGCUCCAAUCUGAUGUUAUGAUGAUUCACAGUGAUCACCGAGGGCUCCACCCAAGCAUACGCAUGGACCAGUACAGAGACAUGCACCAGCGCAUCCUUAUGCACCAGCAACUGGGAGAGCAGGCGGCUGUAGAAGCAAGACAGUCACGCACCUCAGAGACUGGAACGUCUUUAAGCAACAUCUCUGGGCCUUCAAAGGGUCCUAUAGUGGGAAAGAGCAUUGACCUUUCUGCAAAAGAAUCUGUCAAACCACCAGAAGGAAAUCUGAUACAUCCACCCUCCAAUGAAAGUAGAAUCAGGGGAGUCCAUGCAUCUUCUCCUGUCCUGGUGUCAUCUCACCCACAUGGGGUUCAGCUGAUACAUCAAGGAGGUGUGGGCUCCUUUCCAGCAUAUCGGGAAAUGCGAGGAUAUCCAUCCCAGUUUUCAGGACAUCUUUCAUCAGGACACAACCUGGCUAACCAAGGCAUUGCAUCAUCACAGGUCCUGCCAGAGCCUGAGUUGAGUUACAGGGGUAAAAUGUCUCAGUCACACGUGGGAGGAAGUGAUUCCAACUCUGAAGGUUCCCAUCUUCGCCAUGCUACCUCUACAGAUCUUUCACACAUUUCUAGAGUAUCACAGGAUACGGUCUCCCCCUCAUACCAGUCUCCAAUGGCGUCUCCUAUGAGUCUUACUCAUAAGCCAGAUCUAUCUCUACAGAAAGGCCCUCCAGCCUUCCUGUCAUCCCCUUCGCAAGCAGUAACCCCAUCAAGUUCUCUGCAUCCUAGGCCGGAUGCUAACCUGGAACAUUCGGGACAUCGUUCCGUUGACAUGGUGCAGCUUUUGACGAAAUAUCCUAUUGUAUGGCAAGGCCUUUUGGCAUUGAAGAACGACCAGGCUGCUGUCCAGUUGCACUUUGUUUCUGGCAACACCAUACUGGCCCAGCGCUCCCUGCCGCCCACAGAAGGAGGUCCUCUUCUCCGUAUUGUCCAGAGGAUGAGGCUUGAGGCUUCCCAGUUGGAUAGUGUGGCACGCAGAAUGACUACUUAUCAUUCAUGGCAGGUGAAGAAUGACUACUGUUUGCUCCUGGCACUACCCUGUGGUCGAGACCAAGAAGAUGUCCUUGGUCAAACCCAAGCUUUGAAAAGUGGCUUUAUCACGUACCUACAAGCCAAACAGGCAGCUGGCAUUAUCAACGUGCCCAACCCUGGCUCUAAUCAGCCAGCUUAUGUGGUGCAGAUUUUCCCGCCAUGUGAGUUCUCAGAGAGCCACCUCUCGCGCCUGGCCCCAGACCUUCUCAACAGCAUCUCCAGCAUUUCCCCUCACCUCAUGAUUGUCAUUGCUUCUGUUUAAUUACCUCCAUUCUUUCCUGAACAAAGCCAACACCAGCCCUCUUUGACUUGUCCAGUUUUAUAAACUGGAAUUGCCUCAUAUUUGAGUUUUGACUUUUGUUUUUCUCCUUCACUUCACCAAGUCCUUAAGUCACUCAAUGACAUCGAAUUCCAAAAACUAUACCUUUUACAACGAGGAUCUAAAGGGUCAAACGGGGAUUUUUGAUGAUAAUUUCAGAUUUUUCAUUUCAUUGUUGCCAUUUUUGGAGGUGUUGUCCAUAGCCUUUUCUAAUUCAUAGCACCCAUAAAGCUAUGGAUUGAGACCUUCCUAUGGGAUAUUUUUUACCUUCAUAAAAGUGAUUGUGAAUUUUUAUUUUUUUUAUUUUUUAAAGACAAACGAUUUGAGAAGUCAUUGCACUAUGUUAAUGAAAAAGUUGUGAACUCUGUACAGAUUUGAGUAUAAAAUGAUACAUGUUAUGGAAUUACUCUCAUGAUCAGCCACGCUUGUGCAAGAUAAAAGAAAAUCAUUGGCUGGAAAAUGAUAAAGAAUCAUUUCAGCCUGAUCAAUCAUACUGCUUUCGCUCCUUCACCAUCAGCCAACUUCUACGUCAUUUCCGGACUCAACUCUCCAUCCCAAAGUGUUCCCUGCCCCAGGAACUCAUGAGGGGACGUUUAGAGUUGUACAGUUCACACUCAAUGCCUCAACAGGGGACUAUAUAAAGAAUAUUUAAUUUGUUUAUUUUUGUUUGCAUCUUAAAGCCGAAGGGUAUUGUGGACAAUUGUGAAACUGUAAAUAUUAUAAAUAUUUAAAGACUGAAGCAAUGUGGAGAGACCAAGUGAAUUAUUUUACAAGAAAGAUCAUACAAUGUUUUCUUUCUUUCUUUCUUUCUUUUUUUCAGUGGGCAUGGGCAAGAAGGGGAAUGGUGGGAAGGAUCUGUUCAGGAUCCAGGAGUGAUAUUGAAGAAAAAAAAAAUAUUUUUAAAAUUGAUUCUGUGCCAAAAUGUCUUUUGCAAAUGCUCUACACACGCAAUGUAAACAAAAAUUGACCAGAACCUAUUUUCAUAUGUGACUUUGUAUUUUGUCCCGUCAGAGGGCAGACUUAAUUCCCUUUUUUUGUAUUGGUCAUCAACCCAACUCUGUUACUACAGUGAUUUUACAUUAUGAAGUUGUAUCCUCAUUUUGAAGGAAACCUUGUGUUGUAAGGGUUGCUUUCUUUCAUUUGUAUUCCUGUUCUCCUUCUCCCUGAUGUGGUCCUUUACUGCCCCCUGCUGUCUGAAAAUCAUCCUCACAUAUUAAGCACUGCAUCCUGAGGUCAUUUAAGCCAUGACUUCGUGACAGAUGUGCUAUAGCAUGCUUUAUUUUCAAAUCUUAAAGGGUAAACAGAAAUCAUAAAGAAUGUGACUUGAACUUGACAUCAUGCCGCUAAUGGAUGUGUUAUCAUCUGUCUUCAUUGCUCCCCUUGAGUGUCUCCUUGAGCCAAGCUGUAAAUAGUAAUGUCCUUAAUCUGUGCUCUUAUGUAUUUUCACCUUCAUAAUUGUCUUUAUUCAGGGUCCUUAUUUUUGUUUUGUGCAACAAAACAAAGCAGUCUGAAAGAGACGGGAGAUAAGGUGUGUGAAACCGAUGCUGAAAGUAAAACCAGGCUUGUCAGUUUUGUGGUGUAAAGAUUUCUAUGACUGCAAGCUAAAUACUCUCAUUGUUAUGUUGAAGGCACUUAUAAUUUUUGAUAAACAAAUGAGAAAAAAAACUUUAAACAGUGAUUAAUAGGAAAACUGUCUUUUGAUCAAUCUUCAUUUUGAGUGUAUUUUGCUGUUCCUCUAUGAGGACAUUUUAAACUGUAAAAUAAAUGGUUGUUUAACUUA